AUGGAUCAACUCAUCCCUGUCAUUAACAAGUUACAAGAUGUGUUCAACACUUUGGGAACUGAUCCACUUGAUUUGCCACAGAUUGUUGUAGUUGGAAGUCAGUCAUCAGGAAAGAGUUCUGUAUUGGAGAACAUUGUCGGCAGAGAUUUCUUGCCCAGAGGAUCUGGUAUCGUCACCAGACGUCCACUUAUCCUUCAACUCACUCACUUGCCAAUUGCUGAGGAUGACUCAACAUCAAAGGAAUGGGGAGAGUUCUUACAUAGACCAAAUGAUAUGUUCUAUGACUUUGGAGAGAUUAGAGAGGAGAUUAUCAAGGAUACAGACCGUUUGACUGGAAAGAACAAGGGCAUUUCUGCACAGCCAAUCAAUCUGAAGAUCUACUCACCUCAUGUUGUGAACCUUACAUUGGUCGAUCUGCCAGGUAUCACCAAGGUGCCAGUGGGUGAUCAGCCAACCGACAUUGAGACACAGAUCAGAAGAAUGAUCAUGGCCUACAUCAAGAAGCCCAAUGCCAUCAUCUUGGCAGUCACUCCAGCCAACACUGAUUUGGCCAACUCUGACGCACUUCAACUGGCUCGUGAGGUCGACCCCGAUGGAAAGCGUACCAUUGGUGUCAUCACCAAGUUGGAUCUCAUGGACAAGGGUACUGAUGCCAUGGAUGUAUUGACAGGUCGUGUUAUCCCUCUAUCUCUUGGAUUCAUUGGUGUGAUCAAUCGUAGUCAGGAGGACAUCAUAUCGAAGAAGUCGAUCAGAGAAUCGCUCAAGGGUGAGGUGCUCUACUUCAAGAACCAUCCAAUUUACAAGAACAUUGCUACACGCAGCGGCACAGCCUAUCUUUCAAAGACGCUGAACAAGCUGUUGAUGUUCCACAUCCGCGAUUGCCUGCCCGAUCUCAAGAUCAAGGUGAGCAAGAUGUUGGCCGACGUGCAGGGCGAGCUGUCCUCGUACGGCGACCCCCUCUACGACACCAAGAACAGCCAGGGCGCCUUGCUGCUCCAGAUCAUCACCAUCUUCUCCACCAACUUCAAGGACGCCAUCGAUGGCAAGCUCACUGAGCUGUCCACCAACGAGCUGUGCGGUGGUGCUCGUAUCAGUUACAUCUUUGACAACAUCUUCUCGCAGUGUCUCAACAGCAUCGACCCAAUGGAGGGCGUCAGCCUGAAUGACAUUAGAACGGCAAUGAAGAACGCCACCGGUCCACGUGCGGCCCUCUUCAUCCCCGAGGCCUCCUUUGAGAUGUUGGUCAAGAAGCAGGUGGCCCGUCUCGACGAGCCAUCGGCACAGUGUGUCGAGUUGGUCUACGACGAGCUUCAGAGGAUCAUCAGUCAGCUCGAGGGCAAGGAGUUGGCCAGGUUCGUGAACCUCAGACAGCGUGUUAUCGAGGUCGUCAACAACCUGCUCCAGAAGAACCGUUCGCCCACCAAGAUGAUGAUUGAGAACCUCAUCAAGAUCGAGUUGGCCUACAUCAACACUUCACAUCCAGACUUUGUCGGAGGAGACGGUAUCUUUGAGGCGCUGCUCGAGAAGAAGCAACAGCAGGAGGCAAUGUUCAUGCAGCAGCAGCAACAACAGAUGCAGCAGCAACAGCAAAUGCAACAGCAGGUGCCAGGCGCUGGUCCCACCGGUGCCAACAACCAGACGUGGCAGCAGAACGUGCCACAGAAGUACCCCAACCUGCCACCAGCUAGCGGUGUGAAGCCACCCCCCUCGAUGAUGCAGCCAAAUACUAUUCCAGGCGCCAAGCCUGCAGCCACCAAUGGCGUGCCACCACGUCCAACCAACGGAGUGCCACAGCCACCCCAGGUCGACAACCAGUCUGGCUUCUUCUCCAGCUUCUUCAGGAACGCCGAGCCCAACCAACCAAACAGCAUGCCAAAUCAACAGAUGGGUACACCAAACAAUCAACAACAAAACGGCAUGAACAACAACAUGUUCCAACCACAAUCUCCCUACCAGAACAAGCCACAGCAACAACAGUACAACAACUACCAACAGGACUAUUACCGCAACGAUAAGCUCGGUCAAGUGCCAACCGUCAUCAAGGCCUCUGAGGACCUAAACUCGAGAGAGAAGUUUGAGACAGAGUUGAUUCGCGAGCUACUGUUGUCUUACUUCAACAUUGUAAAAAAGAACAUCAAGGAUACUGUUCCCAAGUCGAUCAUGCACUUCUUGGUCAACCAGUCGAAGGAUCAGAUUCAGAACGAGCUCGUUGGCGCUCUCUACCGCGAGGAGUACUUUGAUGAACUGCUCGAAGAGUCUGCACAGAUAUCCUCCAAGCGCAAGUCUUGCAAGUCAAUGAUCGAUGUGUUGCGCAAGGCCAACGAUAUCAUCAACGAGAUCAGGGACUUUAGCGCAAAAUAG